UUGUGACGGGAGUUGUAGUUUCGGGAACGGAGCCUGGCCAGCCGCAGAGACCGCCGGGAGCGAGGGGGCGGUUACAGGGAGUGGGCGCGCACGUUUCCAUGGCCGGGGCUCGAGUCCACUUCUGGGCUAUUUGCGCGCUGCGGGUGGCGCUGGCCACCGUCUACUUCCAGGAGGAAUUUCUAGACGGAGAACGCUGGCGCAACCGAUGGGUGCAGUCCACCAAUAAUUCCCAAUUUGGGCAUUUUAGACUCUCGUCGGGGAAGUUUUAUGGUCAUAAAGAAAAAGACAAAGGUCUGCAGACCACUCAGAAUGGCCGCUACUACGCCAUCUCGGCCCGCUUCAAGCCCUUCAGCAACAAGGGGCGGACCCUGGUCAUUCAGUACACGGUGAAACACGAGCAGAAGAUGGACUGUGGCGGGGGCUACGUGAAGAUCUUCCCAGCAGACGUGGACCAGAAGAACCUGAGCGGAAAGUCCCAGUACUAUAUUAUGUUUGGACCCGAUAUUUGUGGAUUUGAUAUUAAGAAAGUUCAUGUUAUUUUAUAUUUCAAGAAUCAGUAUCACGCAAACAAGAAAUCAAUCAGAUGCAAGGUAGACGGCUUCACACACCUCUACGCCCUGGUUUUAAGACCAGAUCUCUCGUACGAAGUGAAAAUCGACGGCCAAGUAAUUGAGUCGGGAAACAUCGAGUACGACUGGAAUUUGACGUCACUGAAGAAGAUGGCGAAGUCCUCGGCAGAGCCUGAAGACUGGAGUCAGGUCAAAGAAGAAAAGGCCCAGGACUGGGAGAAGCAUUUUCUGGACGCUGGCGCCAGUGAACCAAGUGACUGGAACAGUGAGCUGGAUGGGGACUGGCAGGCACCGAUGCUCCAGAAGCCACCCUACCAGGACGGCCUGAAGCCAGAGGGCAUCGACAAGCACGUCUGGCUGUACCAGAAGAUGAGGGGCACCAGCUCCCUGAUGGAGUACGACCUCUCGGAGUUUGAGAACAUCGGCGCCAUCGGACUGGAGCUCUGGCAGGUGAGGUCCGGCACCAUCUUUGACAACUUCCUGAUCACAGAUGAUGAAGAGUACGCUGAGAAUUUUGGCAAGGCCACCUGGGGCGAAACCAAGGGACCAGAGAGGGAGAUGGAUGCCAUUCAGGCCAAGGAGGAAGUGAAGAAGGCUCGGGAGGAAGACGAGGAGGAACUCCUGGCAGGAAGGUUUCAAGGGCGGGAGAGUCACUUCAGUCGAUUCCACCAGCAGCAUAAUGAGCUCUGACCAGUCGCCCGCCUCGUAGGGAAAGGUGCCUGGUAAACAAAAAACCCCUUGUUCCUGCUUGGACACAUUUAAAGGUUCAAAUGUCUGCAUGGUAA